GCACCGCAGCGCACCGGGCCGGGCGGGCACCGGGGCUGGAGCGGCCGCCCCCGCCGCCCCCCCCAGAAAUGGAAACAAACAACCAUUUUAACUUCACUGGCCUUUCCUCCGCACCCGCUGCCUCAGGACCGAAACCCACGCCUGCCUCAGGGGACACCCCCUUCACCCACAGCUCCCCCCUCGGCUUCCCCCAGCAAGGGAAAAGUCUGAACGGGGGCAUGAAUGUCAAUGGCUUCUCUACUGUAUCGCACCCCGGUACUUCAGGGACAUUCCCGCCCGGCUCGGCGCCCGCCGGCUCCCAACCCCUGCGCGCCUACGACUGCCUCUGGGACUACGCGGCCUACGCGCCCGCCAGCAGCCUCAAGGACGGGGGCCCGCCCGCCCUCGGGCAGUUCCCCCUCAACGGGGUGGCCGAGGGGUCCCGGCCGCCCUCCCCGGGCCACGGCACCAACCUGCGGGUGGCCGGGCAGGAGUUCUGGGGCAACGGCACCGCCGGGCCCAUGGGGCUCAACUUCGACUCGCAGGAGCUUUACGACUCCUUCCACGACCAGAGCUUCGAGCUGAUGCAGAACGGGCCCGACGGCUUCUACGCGGCGGGUCAGGCCUCGCCCAUGCUGGGCUCGGACACGCAGCCCUUCCCGCUGCCCCCGGGGGAGCCGAGCCCCGGCCAGGGAGACGCCGGCGGCGCCGCCAAAGAGAUGCCCGUGGCGGAGAACGGGGCUGGGCUGGUGGGCAGCCGGGAGCUGGAGGAGGCACAGCCAGACCUGAAGAUCUGCAGCUACAACGGGGCCGCCGCCGGCACGGGGCCACUGGGGCAGGAGGGGCCCGUCCUGGCCCCCAGCGCGGGCAGCGGGUGCCUGGGGGACGCGUCACCCAUUGCCCCGCGGCUGGAGGAUCCCCACAUCCUCAGCGAGGACCCCCUGGAGCCCUUCGAGUCCCUGGCCAGAG